AUGGUGGUAUUUUUGAAAAUUCUUUGUUCUGAUAGUAGAAUGGUGCCGAUCAACUACGUGACCAUCGAUCCUAAUCUUUAUGAGCCUACACCAGGUCGGGAACGUACUCAGUCUGUUGAAAAUGAGGAAAACCUGCAUGAAAAAGUAAUUGGACUGCGGGACCCAUACGAAGAACCUGAUACUGAGGAAUACUUUGACUAUGACAGGAAACAAAACACUGAAAUGACUAAGCCGUGUUCCGUCGUAGUCUUGUCCAGCAUGCAGAACCCAAAUAUGCAGUCGCUGUUACGCAAAUAUCGAUAUGACGCAAAUGGUGUGCUGAUACCGAGCAGUGUGAAAUACUUCAUUAAGUUGCCCCAAGGUCUUCGAGCAUCGCCUAUCCUCGUGCCUUUGAACGACAAGGCUUUUUCACCUUUAGGCGGAUUUGUGAGGUAUUACAAAGAAGUUCCACCAAUCCCCCAUGCUUGGUGA